AUGGCAGCCGAGCUGGCUGAGCCUGGCAGCGAGGACGGGGAGGUGCACGUGAAAGCCAAGCCACAGCCAGAUGCGGAAAAAGUGGAAGACGACCCGAAUGCCGAAGAAGAUCUGGAGCUGGUUGCCUUGGAUGUGGUCAAAGAAGCACCAAAGAAAGAAGAGGCCGAAGGAGAGCUGGCAGUCGUGCCGCACAAGGAGGCUGCAAGCAAGGCCGCCAGCCGGAACAGCCUGGUGCCCCUUUUCGUCGAGGAGAGAGGCCAUGGUAAAGAUGGUGAGCUGCUCCGCGACUUCAUCCUUCGCAGGGUGCAUCUCAAGCAGGACUUUCGUGAUGCAGCUCUGAAGCGCUGGCUAAUUCGCGAAGACUUCUUUGAUGAGUUCUUUCCGGAGUACGUCAAGCAAUAUGGCGUGCCAGGCUCCAGUCAGAGUGAGGCCGAGUCGGAGCGCUUGGAGCAGCUCGCAGAGGAGUGUAAGGAUAUCUUGGUACCCUCAACGCACCCGAAGAAGAAGGUAACUGACCUGGAGGCGGUGUCGACUUCCACGGACGUUUACCAGCUUCGUGAUACGCUGCUAGUUGCCGUGAAGGACCUAACAACUCCGCGGAGGUUCUUAGGACUGGCGUCAAACUGUCUAAUGCCAGCACCUCUGAAGGAGCAAUUGGGCCUCGCUGAGCAGCGGCGGCUUCGCAAAGUCGUGUUUCAGUGCCUGAAGGGCAUCUGGGAGUCUGGCGUAGGAGGGGAGGUCCUGAAGAUGGCCAUGGAUGCAGUCAGAUCUCGGAUCGAGAGGUUCAAGUCCAACGCAGGGGAAUCCAGCGACGUCAUCCAGGCCAUGGCAGUCUGGCUGUCAUCUACAGAACUUGCAGAUGGCAUACAGAAGCGCACUCUUUCGUUGUCCUUUGUUCGUGAGCUGCACCUCCACUUGGAGGGAGCGAUGCGUCCGGAAACACUGACGGAGCUUUGCCGAAAGUACGACAUAGAGCGUCCACCAGACACGCAAGGGAAGUCAUUUCCGGACUUCGAUCCGUUCGCGCGCUGCUACAUCGCGGUCUGCGAGUGUCUGCGGGAGGAGGAGGAUCUCAGACGUUUGGUGCGUGAAGUUGCUGAGGAUUCGGCAAAGUCAGGUGCCUUGUGGAUAGAACCUGCUCUGUCUCUGGAGCUCUAUGCAGAGCGACUGGGUGGUCUCGAGAAGACCUUGCGGAUGCUGAUGGCUGCGGCAGAAAAUGCGGAGGAUCUGACAGGCGUUGCCAUGGGCUUCAUCGUUUCAGCCGAGCGGCACUUGCCGAUAGCGAGGGCUGACAAGCUGGCCUCAACCGCUGGAAAUCCACCCGAGCCGUGGAAGGAGGCCUUCCAGUCCGCCUGUGCUUCCGGCAUCGCCGCUCUGCCACAUGCCGGAGAAUUUCCACCGUCUCCCGAGCCGGGAGCUGGGGCUGCAAGUGCGAGAGCCUUAGUCAUGAGGCCUUCUGCCGGCGGAGACUCGGGACAUGUCGGAACCCUUGCCGGAACCCUUGGGCCGCGGAAUGAGGUUCGCUUCUGCGUGGACGUGUUGGGAGCCCGUCGGAUAGCACAUGGGGUUCUGGCAGCUGACGACGGCACCCUCAUCGCCCACCUGGCAAACCUCAAGGUGUGCUCGGAGCCCGGCAACUCCAACACGUUCACGGAAUCACAUUCUGAAAGCCAGCCGUAUAGUUAUGUGCACAGCACUGCAUUCAGCACUUCAUCGCAUGCGGGCUCGGGCAGAGGUCUUGAUAUUUGCCCGACAAGCAACCAGCUGCUCGGCACAGCUGGCGGACCUGGUCUACAGUCGCCGCUCAAGCAGUUUCUUGAGGCGGGUGUGCCAAGGCCCCAGCACUCGCAGUCUCCGGCAGUUGCUGCCUGCGCAACUGAAGUUUUUUUUUGUGCAGAUGCUGUGCGUUGGAUCGCAGUUCUGAGCAGCGGAUCGAGCGUGAUCUCUCAUGGGCGGAAGUCAAUGUCGGUGUCGGUGCAGGCAUCUGCCUUAAGCGUGUCGUGCACUGCAUCGCUAGCUCUGACUCUCAACGCUGGCGUCGCGCGUCGCGCGCGCAGAGGGGAGGCGGUAAUGUGCGUUACCAGCAAGCAGUGGUUCUUGAAGUCUGGCUUAGAAGAUGGGGGUGACAUGAAAGUCAGGCUGAAGAUGCCUGACGAGGAAUUGGCGAAGUGCGCUGCUGCAUCCUUUGAGCACUCCCGGGCGCCAAGCGCCCUCAAGCAGAAGGGCUUGGAGGACAUAGAGGUGUGGCUGCAGAACAAAAGCAGCAGCUUGCGGGAAGGCACCGCCUGCCGGGCAAGCGAAGCCACGGUGAUGCUUUUGCGGAUCGGGCGUAACCGACAGGAGUGGGCACAACUGGAGGACUUGGUCCAGACCAUAGAUGAGCAGGAGCAGGCAGGAGGACACCGAGGGCCUUUGGGUCCUGUGGAGGGCCGACGUACAAAGGUUGUCAUCGAUCGUGCAUUGGAUGCCUUGGAGGGCCAGGGCACCCUGCGCGAGGUGAUCGAGUGGAUUGAGAAGAAUCCAAAGGAGCUCGAAGAGCUCCGAGAAGCAAAGCUGAAUCGGAACAUACGAGACGGCCGGCGGAAGCCUGUGUGGCAUUCGACCGUUGGUUCGACGAUCGCCACCUUUCGUAAAGUUCCCCGAGCUGGCCCGCCAACGCGGUACCUGAGCUCCAAAGCACCUGAGCCAGAGGACGAAAGAGCUGUUGCAUUGUGCACUUCUUGGGAUUGA